AUGUUUUGGCGCUUCGGAAACUAUGCGAACAUAUCCACCCUCGAUACUAUUCUGGACAAGCCAGAUCUGACGGUAGAAGAACUGCUGGACGAGUCAGACUUGAUACAAGAAUUAAAGCAGCAAAAUACAAAACUCAUUGAGUACCUGCGAGACAGUAAUGUUUUGGAGCGGCUGUUGCGAUAUGUCAUUGCGCCAAAGGAAUCGCUGUCCCCAGAAGAAGAGCCAGAAGAAGGAGGGAAGACGGAAAGGCGUGAUUCUCGCGAGGGCUUCUUCUCAAGAGUGCGCGCUAAAUCGAGGUCCAUGUCGAACUCCAAGUCAGAAACACCCGAUGAAGGGGAUAGUAAAGAAGAGAAACAGCGCAUGAAAUACGCGUAUGUGGCAUGUGAAAUUCUGUCCUGCGAAAUCUAUUCGAUUUCGCAAGCGCUUAUAGAGGAUAAUCGCGAUGCUCUACGCACGUUCUGGCAAUAUGUCAAGCAACCUCCCCAACUUGAUCCAGUACAAGCUGGAUAUUUCACGAAAGUGAACGAGGCACUUCUGGAUAGAGAUACUGGACAGAUGCUUGCUUUCCUAAAGAGCAUUGCUAGAGUUGUGCCGGACAUGUUACAACAUGUGGACUGUCCUAUGAUCAUGGACCUCUUACUUAAGAUAAUCAGCCUGGAAAAGAAUGAGGGAGGCGAGGGUAUCGUUGAUUGGCUCCAAACCCAGGAUCUCGUCCCUAUUUUGCUGUCAUAUUUAUCGCCUGAAUAUACGGCCUCCAUGCAGACUUCAGCUGGCGACUUCUUGAAAGCAAUCAUCACGAUAUCCGCCAAUGCUACGACGCAAGAUCAGUCUGUUAUUGGUCCUAAUGAACUCACUCGACAACUUGUUUCCGAAAACUGCGUCAAGUCCAUGAUUACUGAUAUGCUUAAUGGUGGGAAUCCGCUAACAGUAGGUGUUGGAAUUGUAAUCGAGGUCAUCCGAAAGAACAAUUCAGAUUAUGAUCUUGAGAACCAGACUGGUCCCGUUCCAAAGUCAUCCGACCCAAUAUAUCUCGGUACCCUUCUCAGGGAGUUCGCGAUGCAUAUACCCAAAUUCAUGGAUCUCAUUAACAAUUCACACAACAUCACUACGACAAACAGCGACGGCACUAAAACAGUUAAGAGGCGAGAGAUAAAAGCGGCCUUUGGCGAGAAAAUAGAACCCCUAGGCUUUGAUCGGUUCAAAACCUGUGAAUUGAUGGCUGAGCUGUUGCACUGUAGCAACAUGGCCUUGUUGAAUGAAAGAGGUGCCGAGGAUGAUGUUAGAAAGAGAGAUUCGGAGCGUGACCUUUUGAAGGCAGAAGGCAAGCUACAACCCGCCCGAAGUCCUACUGUAAACGACUUCGGUACCAGCGUCGACAGCCAUGGGUUCCAUCAUGCUAGGGCUCCCUCAAGCGAGUCCCCAGAAGAGAUAAAAAAACUGGAAGUACAGAACAAUACAGAAGAAGACGAAUUCGAAAAGGUCACGUCAUCCGAGGCAGUAUCGGACGAGAUGAAGGAUGAUCUAGAUGAUAGAAAAGACAUCGGCGAGCCCCUUGAACGAUCACCAAAGACACAUCCACGUGGAACUCAACAAAAUUCAGACCUACCAGAACCCAAAGACAAACUGCUUUCACUCAGAGAAGAUGAGAAUACAAAUGCUGAGUCUCCUACUGCGGCCGGCUUGACUGCCAAAGUCGAAGAACUAGAGAUCGAGAACGAAAAUAAAGACGACGGAUCAUCCUCAGUUAAGCCACCUGCCUCAUUACUCACGAAGCAUUUGAAUGAGGAGAGUGGAAAUGAGCACGAUGCUACGCAUCCUGAAGACAAGCCUGCACCUCUGUUUUCAGGGCCUCGAUCGCAUGGACCAGCCGACUCCACGGAUAAGCCGUCUCUCAAUAUCACCAGCCCAACGAUACCAGAAAGUGAGGCAUCCGAGAUAACACCAAUAGAAGAUGCCAGCGAGUCUCAGUCUGUCAUGCUCUCAGAGCAAUGUGCUGGCCAGGCACCAUUGUACGAAGUGGACAUUGAUGGAUCUCCUGUCGUUGGAGAUCUCUUGAAGAUGAAAUUCGUCGAGAACAAGGUAGUUCCGACCAUACUCGAUUUUUUCUUCAGGUUUCCAUGGAACAAUUUCUUACAUAACGUUGUAUACGAUGUUGUACAGCAAGUUUUCAAUGGUCCAAUGGAACGCGGCUACAACCGUAGUCUUGCUAUCGACCUGUUCGAGACUGGGCGCAUCACAGAACGGAUCAUUGAGGGCCAGGAAGCGUCCGACAAAUCUCAGACAGAAACGAAUAUGCGCCUCGGCUACAUGGGUCAUUUAACGUUGAUCGCUGAAGAGGUCCUCAAAUUUACCGAGAGACACCCAGCAGAGCUCCUAUCCCAAGCUGUGCUGGAUAGAGUCACGAGCCAGACCUGGAACGAUUAUGUGGAGAAUACUUUGGCCGAUACGCGGGAACGCGACAACGCUAUACUUGGCGGUGUCAGGCCCGACAUAAACGUAGGCCCUCGUCAAGCCGUGUUGAAUGCUGUCAAUGCAGCUUCAAGCUUCGGCGGAAAUAACACAUCACUGGCAAGUGCAGGCUUAGGCGGAAGCGGUUCAAUAGGACUCGACAGCAUGGACCUUGGCAAUACUGGUGCAGGCGGAUACUCCAGCUUUGGAGGAGGCCUUCUUAGUGGUUUCAACAACUCAAGCGAUGAAGAGGACGAGGAGAUGGAAGAAGGCGACACCACGGAAGGAAGAGAGCGAAAUACAGUCCAACUGAGUGACUCGGACCAAAUUGUCCGCUCCCCCGACCCGGCUGAACCGCUUGGGUUCGCAUCAACCUCUGAGGCGCCAGAGUCUUCUGCCAUUCCUGCACCACUUGCGGUACCCCCAUCACGUGCUCGUCGCCAAUUUGCAGCACGGCUUGCCCAGCGCAAAGCGCAGAUGGAAGCCGAGAAUAAAGUAGACGACGAGGAUGACGAAAGGGACAAUGACGAUGAUGAUGAUAGCGAUGAUGCGCCACUCGAGCAGAAAUUCAUCACUAAACCUAAGAUGAGUGUGGGCUCGAGCAGAGGACCGGAGAGAUUCAGCGGUUUAUUCGGCAGUGACGAUGACUCUAGCGAUGAGGAGUACCAAAGAGGCUCAACGCACAACAUCCCCGAAAGCUUGGCUUUUUCAAGACUACUGGAUCGCACCCGCAUCAUAGAGUCCAUAAUCAUGUCUGGUUCAGUGUCUUCUGAGUCUUCUGACUCGGACUCCUUCUCCACUUCAGAUUCAGAUUCAUCCAACGACGAACCGCAAGCCGACCGACCACAAACCGAGAACAACGAAAGCCCCAAUACACUCCCAGCCCCUGAAAAUGCCACUGAUAAUGCACCUCAAGACAGCGAAACUGUCUCGUCAGGGUCGUCGAAGAAGCCUGCAGCGCCCACGCCUCUGUUCCCAAACGCCGCAGUAGUUGACAAGCGCAACGCAAGCUUUCGCGUCCCCGACGAAACCCGUAUUGAAAUCGUACGCUGCUUGAUAAUCGGCUGGAAGCCCGUCGAAAUCGCGCCUCGCCUCAACGUUAGCUUACACAGCGUCUACAAUAUUAAGAACAACUUGAUGAAAUAUGGCUCCUCGCUCAAAAGCCCGGAGGGGCACCGCGCAGGCCGCAGACCAAAGAUGACACGUGAUGACGAGAAAGCACUUUUGUCAUGGCUUGUCAAGAAUGGCUGGAAAGAGCAGAGCGAUAUGAUUGAAUGGCUGACGAAGGAAAGGGGAGUGACCAUGCAGAGGAGCUCUUUAUCAAGAAUAUUGCGAAAGAAGGGCUGGAACGAGAAUACUAUCAAGAGGAUGGGCGGAAAGGGAUUGGAGGUCAAGAAGGACAGAAAGAGGAGAGGACCAGGGAAGAAGACGUUGAUGCGGAACUCGUUGGCGGGAGAGGGAGUUGGUGCAGCGAACUCCCAACAACAACAACAACAGCAACAACAGCAGCAGCAGCAAACAGAUCAGCCGCCUCAGCAAUUGUCACCGCAAAAUCAGCCCCAUUCGCAGCUGUAUCCCCCAAAUACUGUUCCGAACGUGAAUGUCCCUACGUCAUCGAGUACUCCCAUGGGCCUACCGAUUGAUCCUCAAUUGAAUUCACGUGUGACUCAGGGUCAAUUUGGGUUGUACGACCUGAAUGGGAACCAGGUUGGAACGAGUCAUCGGUGA